CUGUGCCAGGGAGAGGAAGAAAAAAAAUCCCAAAAGGAAAAAAAAAAAACCAAAACAGUGGAGAAGCAGCCAGUGGAAGAAAACCGUCUGGAGGAACCCCAAAACAGCACCAGUGACAGCAAGGAAAACACCAAGUCAGGAAGAGAGGACAAUUACUGAGGGCUCAAUGGCUUUCUUCCUCAAACCACGGCCAUGCACGUGGGACCUUGCCCUGGACUACCACACCGCCAAACAGUUUGAAGUGGACGUGACCCUGGAUCCAGCCACAGUGGGUCCAGAGGUGAUCCUCUCUGAAGACCUCAAAGAAGCCACCUGGGGUAGACCUCAAUGCCAGUGGCCUGAGGGUCCAGGCCGCUUCGACACAGAUCCAUGCAUGCUGGGCAGCGAGGGUUUCACCUCGGGCCGUCACUACUGGGAGGUGGAGGCCAAUGGGCGCUUCUGGGCCGUGGGGGUGGCCCGUGAGUCAGUUCAGAGGAAAGGCCGGGUCCUCUUCAAGCCCAACACUGAAAUCUGGGGUUUGCAGAAGUAUGAUGAGCUCUGUGUUGCCCUCACAGCUCCGUCCAACACCUCUGUCCCUCUCCUCAAUGGGGAGAUUGGGGUCUACCUGGACUACGAGGUAGGACAGGUCUCUUUCUACGCUGUCAGCCGCCGCCAACGCAUCUUCACUUUUCCUGUGGCCUCCUUCAGUGGGGAGAAGGUCUUCCCCUACUUUUGUGUGCUCCUCUCAACCAUUAAACUGUCCCCCAAGGGCUGAUGCCCUGGAAGGAUCCUCCCAAAAGCUGGUUGCAUCGUGGUGGUUGUAAAUGCUCGUUGAUACUCCCCAACUCUUAUUUUCCAAGUCUUGGACUCAUUUCUAACUCAGUUCAUGGUCCAACCUCCAUCUUAGAUGUCUCUGUUUUGGGUUAUGUCCAGGGGGUUUUGGGUCUGAGCUCAGCACUGCUCAUGUCAAGUUUUUAAAUUCAUACAAAUCUCAUU